UGAUUACGCAAAAUCAAUUUUUUCAAAGCUGUGUUUUUGCAUAGUAAGUGUAUACUCGUCAUGCGCAAAGAUCGGGUUGCAGCAUUGGCAACCAAUGGCAACAUAACCUCCUAAUUAGGAGGAAAGCACUGCGGCGUGUCAAAACACGUACAUCUUGCAUUCAUGCAAAUACACGCGCGAUUCGAACUGUGACGACCCAACGUCUAACAUAUGUGAAAAAUGACCGCUGAGGAAGUAAAAGUGCAAAGUUUGUCGCUUAAUGGUGCUACCAAUGAGGAAGACGUCGUAACACCUUGGAGCGUGGAGAGUAAAAAUGAUACUGGAGUAGAUUAUGAGAAACUUAUCCAGAGAUUUGGAAGCUCUAAGAUCGAUGACGAACUUCUGUUACGUUUUGAAAAAAUCACUAGUAAAAAGCCCCACCAGUUCUUGCGUAGAGGAAUAUUUUUCUCUCAUCGGGACAUGCAUACAGUAUUAAAUUUAUAUGAGCAGGGAAAACCGUUCUACCUUUAUACAGGUAGAGGUCCCAGUUCAGAAUCUAUGCAUAUGGGUCAUCUUGUUCCAUUUCUGUUUUGCAAAUGGUUACAAGAUGUCUUUAAUGUACCUUUGGUAAUUCAAUUGACUGAUGAUGAAAAAGCAAUCUGGAAGAAUCUGAAACUUGAAGAUGCGAUAAAGAUGUCUUAUAAUAAUGCCAAGGACAUAAUAGCAUGCGGAUUUAAUUUGGAUAAAACUUUCAUAUUCUCUGAUUUGGAACAUAUUGGAAACAAUCCAGCUUUUUAUCAAAAUAUGAUUAGAAUACAGAGAUCCGUAACCUUUAAUCAAGUGAAAGGUAUUUUUGGAUUUGGAGACAGUGAUCCUGUGGGAAAAAUCAGUUUUCCACCAACACAAGCAGCUCCAGCAUUUUCCAGCAGCUUCCCAUUUAUUUUUAAAAAUGCAAAGGUUCAAUGUCUAAUUCCGUGUGCAAUAGAUCAAGAUCCAUAUUUCAGAAUGUCUAGAGAUGUUGCCCCAAAACUUGGAUUUCCCAAGCCUGCGCUGUUACACUCUAGCUUCUUUCCUGCACUGCAGGGAUCAAAGACUAAAAUGUCUGCAAGUGAUAGUAAUACAGCAAUAUUCCUAACUGAUACUGCCAAGCAAAUAAAAAAUAAAGUAAAUAAACAUGCAUUCUCUGGUGGCCAAGCUACUGUUGAAGAACACAGACAGUUAGGUGGCAAUUGUGACAUUGAUAUAUCUUAUCAAUGGCUUAGGUUCUUCUUAGAAGAUGAUGAAAAACUAGAACAAAUCAGAAAAGGAUACUCUAGUGGAGAGAUACUAACUGGAGAGCUCAAAAAACAUUUAAUCGACAUUCUCCAACCUAUGGUAUUAGCUCAUCAAGAACGAAGAAGCAAAAUUACUGAUGACAUAGUGAAGCAAUUUAUGGUACCAAGAGAUCUCGGCUUCCGAACGAAUAAGUAAUAGAUUUGGUCAAUGCUUCGCCGCACGAGUUUUGUACAGCCUGUUUCAUAAAAAAGUACUAUUUUAAAAAUAGUAAUUUAUUGACUUUUCUUUAUUGUAUUUCUGCCGAAAUAAAUAUGCCUUAGCUAUCAACAUA